UUUUGGAGCAAUUGUCAGUUGGAGGACGAACGUUGAGGCUUUUGGUUCACUGACGAGUUUUUGCAAAAUAAAUAUAUCAAAGUUCCUUAGUAAACAGUGAAAAUAAGCUGAAAAAUGAGUUCCGUGGACGAAGAUCUGACACCUGAGCAAAUUGCAGUGCUUCAGAAAGCCUUUAACAGCUUUGAUCACCAGAAAACCGGUAGCAUCCCAACUGAAAUGGUAGCGGAUAUUUUGCGUUUGAUGGGACAACCGUUCGAUAAGAAAAUUUUAGAGGAACUUAUUGAAGAAGUGGAUGAAGAUAAGUCCGGUCGUUUGGAGUUCGAAGAGUUCGUGCAGUUGGCUGCCAAAUUUAUCGUCGAAGAGGAUGCUGAAGCCAUGCAAAAGGAGUUGCGCGAAGCUUUCCGCUUAUACGAUAAACAAGGCAACGGUUUCAUUCCAACAACUUGCUUAAAAGAAAUUCUCAAAGAGUUGGACGAUCAACUGACCGAGGCUGAACUUGAUAUUAUGAUCGAGGAGAUUGAUUCGGAUGGCUCUGGCACGGUGGACUUUGAUGAAUUCAUGGAAAUGAUGACCGGGGAAUAGAUCUAAACUACAGAUCUAACAUGCCUUCAUACAUA